AUGGCCACCCGGGCCAUCUACAAUGCCUUUUACAAUCGAUGUGCCGACAUGCUUACCGCCACCGGAGGGAAAUAUCUGUAUAGUGACGCGGCCUCUUUGGGAAGCUGCGCUGCCUUCCUCCUCUCCUGCAUGGGCUGUCUGCAAAACUGGAGGGACGCCGUGCCGCGGGCCAUGAAGACCAAGCGGAAGGCAGGGAGUCCGUUGUCCACUUAUAUAUCUGCCUUUGACAUUGAACGUCUGGUGCCGGAAUGGCGUCGUUACGUCAGCUUCGCUAAGGGCUCUGCCGUGCCCAAUGCCAAUGAAUGUGCUACCCUGAGCGUGCGCCAUGCCAUGGCUGUCACGCGGUGGAACGCUGCGUUGACUAUGAUCGGGCUUGUCCUGGCGUAUCCCAUCUCGUCAAUAGUGGCCGACGUACGCGCGGCGAUUGAAUCAGCGGUGGCCGCGUUUGAUACCAUGGGAAAGAGCUUCGUGAUUGCGGCGAGCGCUGCCAACGUCACGAGGGAUGUGACGGCCAAAGCAGACUUUCUUCGACAAAAUACGAACAUCCUCUCUCCGGAUAUGGAUCUACAGUCGUUUCCUUACGUCGAUUCCUAA